AUGAGGUCCACCGCGGUCAUGGCCCUGGCCGGUCUGGCCUCGGCGUGGGGAUACCCGGACUGCGAACCUGACAACUGCUUUCGUAACCUCUCGGAUGACCGCUUCAAGGGACUAGCCCCCAGCUUCUGCCAAGGACUUCUCUCCGGCGCCACCACGGCUGCAGACGCCAUCCCCACCGACUUCUCCAACUGCCAUGGCAGCAUCGCCGCCGUCUCCUCUGCCUGCUCGUGCAUCGUCUAUACGGCCACGCACACCGCUGACGCCCCGGGCACUUCUACCCCCGUCGGAACAGCCGCGGCCGGAGAGGAGGCAGACACCACUUUCACGUCACCCCGCACCACCACCACUGGCACGGCUCCCAUCCCCGACACCCCCACAGCCACGACCCCCCUCAUCACGUCCGCGGACGAGGCUGGCACCACCGCACCUCUCACAGCAUCCACCCAGGAGCAGGAGACCAGCAAGCCCGACACCACCCCUGUCCUCACACCCCCGGUCAGCCCGACACCGACGUACGGCUGGACCACCUCGACGAUCUACACCAGCAGCAUCAUCACAGUCACCUCCUGCGCCGCCGAUGUGACCGACUGCCCCGCCGGCGGCAGGACGAGAAUCGUCACCAGCACCAUCCCGCUCACCACCACCGUCUGCCCCAUCACUUCCACCGAGGAGGGCAGCAGCACGUACCUCUCCACCCCUGCCACCUCCAUCCCUACUGCCACGUCUGCGACGAGCCCUGCCGUCCCGACUUCUCCUGCUGGCACCACGUCUACGGAAGAGGCUGGCUCUACGCCUGGCACUACGCUUGGCACUACGCCUGGCACUACGCCUGGCACUACGCCUGGCACCUCUCCCGUCACCACACCUGGGACGACCCCCGCCAUUACCCUCACUCCUCCCACGACGCCGACGACGUCUACCGAGAAGGCAUCCACAACCCCCGCAUCAUCACCAUUACGUCCUGCGGUCCCGAUGUUCCUGACUGCCCUAACGGCGGCACCACCGUCGUGA